GUGGACACAUGCAUUCGACCUAACCUCAAGUUCGGCAUUAAAAAUCAUCAAAAAUUAAGUGAAAUCGUGAAUUAAAAUGUGGAUUUUCGGUGGCAAUCGCAACAACCAACAGCCGGACUUGGCUCAGUUGGGUCUGCAAAAUCCGGGAGCGGGUGGAGGCGGUGGAAACGAGCCGCCCCAGUUGACCGCCUCUGAAAGAAAAGCAAUGGAGGCUUACAGGUUCGAUUCUUCGGCGUUGGAGAGGGCUGCACAAGCCGCCAGAGAGUUGGAGAAGUCCAAGCAUGCCAAGGAAGCAUUGGAACUAUCAAAAUUGCAAGAAAGCACAAAGCAAGUUGAACACCAAGCCAAAAUUAAAGAGUAUGAAGCUAGCAUUGCCCAAAUGCAAAUUGAAGCUAAAAGAGCGGAAAUGGAAGAAAAAAGGAAACUGUUGCAGGAGGAAACUAGACAACAUCAGCAAAGGGCACAAUAUCAAGAUUCACUGGCUAGAAAACGGUAUGACGAUCAGUUAGCGCAGCAACAGAGGAUGAAUGAUGAGAACCUCAAAAGACAAGAAGAGUCAGUGGCCAAGCAAGAAGCAAUGAGAAAAUCAACAAUUGAACAUGAAAUGGAACUAAGACACAAAAAUGAAAUGAAACGCGUCGAAGCUGAAAUGACUGCGAAAGCUAAAGUUGACAGGGAAAAUAGGGAUCUCACUUUGGAACAAAUUCGUCUUAAAGCCACUGAAAACAGAGUGACUGUCUUGGAGAGUAUAAAAACUGCUGGUUCAGUUAUUGGAGCCGGAACUCAAGCCAUGCUGUCAGAUUGGAAUAAAGUCCUAACUGCAGCAGGUGGUUUAUCACUCUUAGCUCUCGGUAUCUAUUCUGCCAAAGGUGCAACUGGGGUAACAGCCAGGUAUAUUGAGUCAAAAUUGGGAAAACCAUCUUUGGUGAGGGAGACCUCAAGGUUUUCUUUGCUUGAAGCUGCAAAGCACCCAAUUGAAACCGUCAAGAAGCUCAAAACUAAAGAGCAAGAUGCUCUUAGUGGGGUUAUUUUGGCGCCCAAGUUGGAGGAGAGGCUAAGAGAUGUCGCUAUUGCCACUAAAAAUACCAAACAGAAUAAGGGGAUGUACAGGAAUAUUCUUAUGCAUGGGCCUCCUGGUACUGGUAAAACUAUGUUUGCCAAGAAAUUGGCCAAACAUUCAGGCAUGGAUUACGCAAUUUUGACUGGUGGUGACAUUGCACCAAUGGGAAGAGACGGCGUUACAGCUAUCCACAAAGUGUUUGAUUGGGCUCACAGCACCAGAAAAGGUCUACUUUUGUUUGUCGACGAAGCGGACGCAUUCUUGCGCAAGCGUUCAUCGGAAAACAUCUCCGAAGAUUUGCGCGCAACCCUAAACGCUUUCCUUUACAGAACCGGCGAACAGAGCAACAAAUGCAUGCUGGUGCUCGCCUCGAACACACCCGAACAAUUCGAUUGGGCCGUAAACGAUCGUUUGGACGAGAUGGUGGAAUUCUCGCUCCCCGGACUGGAAGAGCGCGAACGUCUCAUCCGUUUGUACUUCGAAAAGUUCGUCUUGCAACCGGCGACGGAAGGAAACAAACGCCUGAAAGUGGACAACUUCGAUUACGGCGCCCUCUGCACCAGAAUGGCGAGGAUGACCGAAGGCAUGUCGGGAAGAGAGAUCGCGAAGCUGGGAGUGUCGUGGCAAGCCGCAGCGUACGCGUCGCAAGAUGGCGUGCUGACCGAAAAAAUGGUCCUGGACAAAGUGGAGGAUUACGCGAGACAGCACAAGCAAAAAGUCGAAUGGCAAUCGGAACAGGAACGAAAAGAGUCGAAGAGCAUUUAUCAUUCGGAGAAGGAAGACUCCUUUAUUCCAUUGUUGCAAAAAAUUGAGAGUAAAGACUCCACGGAUAUUCUUAAGAAAGAGAUCAAACCCACAACGACAGACUCGAAACCCAAAGAUAUCGUUUUAGAGAAAAGUUAAUGCGAUAAAUCGACGUGAUUUUUAAAUGUCACAGCGCCAUCUGACUUUAUUUGGCGUACUGCAUUCCUUUAUUUCAUCAUUUAUAUGAAGGACUGAGUGUGAUAUUUAAAUUGAGUGGACAUUUUUAGCAUUUAGAAUGUAAGUAAGCCACUUACUUGAAAAGGAAUUUUAUGUAGGAUUUCCAUGAGGAAACAUUUGUCUGUUACUGUUUUAAGUGAUCCUCGCCCUAAUGUAUAUAUUUAAUAUAUAUUUUACAUUUUUUAAAUGUGAUAUGGAAUGCGUCUCAGGGAAGAUUUAUUAAAAUUCUCUGCGUUCUGUUAUUUUUU